UCUGUCAAUGAAAGAAGUUACUUAUAUCUUUGCUGCAGAUUCGCUUUAUUUGUAUUCCGUUCAAACCCUGAUGAGCUGAUAUAAAGUUAGUGUGAAGUUUAUGAAGGUCAGAAAGCGUGUUUUAUUCAGCCCUCCUGAUGGGAGCCAGCCAGUCAGAGCGCAUCCCCGCAGCUGCUUCGGGCUGCCCAUUGGAGACGCUGCAUGCUGAGCAGCAAAAUGGCCGCCCGUCAACCGACCGACUCCACAGCGCUUUGAAAUUUAAACUCUUCCGCACAUUAGGGUUUACACUCGGAACAUUAGUACUUAUUUGCAAACCAGUGGCGUAUUAUUUCGCGUGUCUUUUUCAUCACUAGCCACUUACUCGGCUCUCCGCUCAGGCGUCCUGGUCCUUGUUGCCUCGACGAAUGCCUCAAAAACAGAAAGAUCGCACUAAAGCACUUUAGCUAAGCUAGCUAGCAAGCUAGCAUAUCUUCUUAUGUGAUUCCUGAGAAACGAGAGUCUGGUCAGGAGCAGCAGUUCAUGGAAGACAAGAAAAGGAAAAAAGAAGAAAAACGGAAAAGGGAAGCCUCUCAGAAGGUUGCAGAGCAAAAAAACAAAGUGACAGACGUGACCAAGCCGGCUGCUGCCCAGUCUCCUGCCACCCAAAGCAGCUCAGCCUCCCCCAGCCCUGGACCCAUCCCUGCCACUGCCUCUCCAUCUCCAGCGACCUCAGACCCUGGCGGCGCUGCCACCCCGUCUCAGGGCGGCAACAAUGCCAAGCGCCUGGCAGUGGCCAACGGACAACCCGCCUCCAACACCAGUUCUUCCUCCACCGCUGGUGGCCUCGGCGCUGCUGGAAACGGCAGUACAGGUAGUGGAGGCGGAACCCAAGCACCUCAGCAGCCAUCGCGCUACAUGCCGAGAGAAGUGCCACCGCGGUUUCGCUGCCAGCAGGACCAUAAAGUGCUACUGAAGAGGGGUCAGCCGCCGCUGUCCUCCAUGCUGCUGGGAGGAGGGGGAGGAGGAGGGGAUGGCCCAAACCCAAAUAUGGCUGCUGUCUCAGAUUCUGCAUCUUCAUUGGCUCUCACCUCAUCAAUUGCUGCUUCUACUUCUAAUUAUGCAAAUUCCAUGUGGGGGACAAGCUCAGGCGGCCAGGCUUCCUCUCAGGGCAAGGAGAAAGUCAUUGUCGAUGGCAACGACUUGGAGGAGUGGCCUAGUAUUGCUGGCAGUGACGGAGGAAACGGCGGCAACAGCGGAAUGCCUGUGAAUAGCAUCAGUGCCUCUGGCAACCAACCCUCACUCACUUCCUCAUUCUCUUUGCCCAAUGAAUGUAUGCAGUUGUCUAACAGUGCGGCAUGGGGGACAACUGCCUCCCAGGGUCAGCUAGGAGGAGGUGCUGCAGUAGCUGCAGCUGGGCCUCUGCUACAGCAGCCCUCCUCACUUUCCAAAGCCCCCGCUGUGCACGGGUCCCAUGAUGCCAGUGGCCCCGUGGAUGGUAGCAGUGGAAUUCCAGGUGCCAAUUUCAGUCCAAAUGCCAACCCUUCAGCCUGGCCUGCUCUGGUGCAGCAGGACAGCCCCGCUGCUUCAGGGGAAGGAGCUCUGACUGCCUUCCAUCACCAGGUCUCCGAAGGGUCCGCCAACAACUCUGCUUCCAUGGGGCUGGGAGGCGGGGCAGUCGGUGUUCUGGGGGGUCACCCAUCUAUAUCUGUGAAUCCGUCAAGCGCCCAUCAGCACCAACUUCACCAAAUGCAAUCCAGAGACAGAGAGGCUGGGGGAGGGAAGUGGGACAGUGAAUCAGCCGGACCAAAAAUUUCAGGGGGGGAAGGGAUUGGGGGAGGAAUGGACCAUGGUGUUGGAGGAGGCAGGGUUGGUGUGGGAGACCCUAACGUUGCCACCUCCUGGAGAGGCCAACCUUCUUACUCUGCAGCUUACUCCAAAACGGGUGUCUCAAGAACUGACGGAUGGGAAGGUGGGGAGAGUGGGAAGUUAGGAGCAGCAGAAGGGGAUAAAGGGACAUCGGGUUGGGGGUACCCUAGUUCUACUUGUGGCAGUGCUGAAAAUGGGGGUAAUUGUGGUCAAACCUCCGGGGCAACUCAGGGAGGGUGGGGGUUAUCAGUAGUCGGAGCGGAUCGAGGGGCUUCUGGUAGUGGUUGGGGAGGCAGCUCUGCUGGCAUUGGUGGAUCCAAUCCAGCACCUGAUGAAAUGGGAAACUGCAGUAGUAACAGCAGCAGCAGUGGUGGAAGCACUGUGGGCAACCCCCCUACUGCUUCUUCAUCAUUAACAGCCGCUGCUGCCAACAGAGCCUGGGACAAUCAGAAAGGAGAAGGCGAAGUGGGGGAAUGGGGCGACGGAGCCAGAGGAAGAGGGGGAUCUUCAUCUAGCGGUGGGAAUUCCAGAAGCGGAAGCAUGACUAACAGUAAUCGUAUUCGCCGACAGGCACCAAACGCUGAAGCUGCCUUACAGAACUUGCUAAGUCGGUCUGAUCUGGAUCCUCGGGUCCUGUCCAACUCGGGCUGGGGCCAGACACAGAUCCGGCAAAACACAUCCUGGGAUGUUGAGGAACAAGAAGGACCCAACAAGGCUGUACCGCCUUCAGCUUCAUCGAAACACCCGGCUGCUCUUGGUGGUCCUACCCAAUAUUCUAGUGGACCCAGGACCCUAAGCACUGAUUCAAAGGGUCCAGGUGUUAGUCCCUCCUUGAUUCCUCCCACUGGGUCAUCUGGAGAGAGUUGGGAGAGCAGCAGCAGCAACACCAGCAGUAGUGGAGCAUCUUUGUCUGGGAGAGCCCCCCCACCUACAUCCUCCAACAUGAGGCAUCUUGGCGUCUCACAAUCUGGGCCAGUGACCUCAUCUGCACCUGGUCUGGCGUCUGGGAUAAUGCCGGGAACCCAGGCCAAAGCUACGGGUUGGGUUGGUGGAGGAAAUGGUGCCGGGGAUAAUCUUGAUUCCAAGGAAUGGGGGAACGAAGAAUGGAGAAGUAACAGUCAAGCAGAAAAGGGCGGAGGAUGGGGGGACGUUGGGCAGAAAGGUGACUCAUCGGGUGGAGGAUGGGGAGAUGGUCACCAUGAAAAAGGAGCAGGGAGUUGGAAAGACAUGGGCGGGAGUGAUGAGGGAAGUGGGUGGGGAUCAAAAUCGAAGGUUGGGGCAGGAAAAAACUGGUUGGAGCAAGAAUCAAAAUCCAGCAGUGGAGGAGGUUGGGGCGAUGAGAGGAGAAACGGAGGGCACUCAGGGGGAGAUUCAGGUGGAGGUGGCUGGGGGAACUGGGACAGCAGUGCACCCCGGAGGACCUGGGGCACAGGGGGAGGGGGUGGCGGAGGGGGAGGGAUGGAUGGGGUUGGAGGCAUAGGGCCUAAACCCCAUCAGGGUUGGAGUGGAGGAAACAAAAUGCACCAGAUGCCAAACAGCCAGUCGGGCUCCGUCUCAGGCCCACAGGCACAACUGCAACAGCAACAAUCACAGCCCCGCAAUCAGAAUCCACAGCUGCAGCAAGCAUUGGACCAAGGGGUUAUGCAAGGGGGCGGGGGGAGGAAGCUCGCCUCUCAAGCUCAGACACAGAACCAAAGCUCAGGCUGGACCUCGGGACCUCUUCCUUGCGCCCCCGGAGGUGGCGGCGGACCUGAACCAAGCGGCUGGGAAGAACCCUCCCCGCAGUCUAUAAGCAGGAAGAGCGAGAUAGAUGAUGGAACAUCAGCAUGGGGAGACCCAACCCAUUACAACUAUAAGCCGGUGAACCUGUGGGAUAAAAACAGCGGCUCUGCUAGCCAGCAGCCACAUGGACAGAGUCAGGCUCAGCAGCAGCAGCAGCAGCAGGGAGCUCCUGUUCAGCAGCAGCCCAGCCGGCAGGCUGCAGCGCUCACAGAACCUUCAGGCUGGAGUAGCACUUCUCCUGCUAGUCCUUCAGUAGACAACGGUACAGCAGCCUGGGGGAAACCCAAUGAAGCUCCCACUGGCUGGGGCGAUCCUGAUGAUACCGGAGGGAAGACGGGAUCCUGGGGAAACGCUUCAAACUCAAUCAGAUCUGCUUCAAAGUCUAUGCAAGAUGGCUGGGGGGACAAGGAGAGUUCGAUGGCAGCUUCACGCCACUCUAGCUGGGAGGAUGAAGAAGAAGGCAGCAGUAUGUGGAACAGCACAGGUUCCCAAGGAAGUGGCUCAUCUUGGGGACAAGGAAGCAAUGGAGGCUGGGCUCAAAGUAACCCAGUGAAAAAGACCAGCAGCAAGGGUCCUCUAAAGGCUGGAGGGGAUUCGUGGAUGAGCCCCAUCAACAGGCAGUUCUCCAAUAUGGGAAUUCUGAACGAUGAUUCCAGUGGCCCAAACAUUGACCUGCCUUCAGGUUCUAUUCAGGAGAAGAAAAUGGAGGCUGAGAAACGAGGCAUAGGACUGAAUGAUUUCAACGGAGACAUGAGAAAAGGAGGAAGAGGAGGGGGUCCGAGUGGAGGAGGGAUUUAUCGCCCUCCUGGGUCCAAAGACCCAGCACAAUUGGAUGCAGGCUCUUAUUAUGACAAGACCUUGCAUUUGAUCAGUCAGGAUGGGUGCCUUGGGGAGGAGGCUCCUUACUCUCUGUACUCACCACCCACUGCCUACAAGCCCCAUACCCUCUUCAACCACUCUGUCCCCUUUAGACAAGGCAGUCACAGUAUCUUUGGCAAUGCUGGAGGAAUGUCCCAGUCAAGGCAUCAACCAAGUGUCCCCCCAAUGAACCAGUCCCCAGGGAUGCGAGCACAAGUGCCUCAUCAGUUCCUGUCACCUCAGGUGCCAGGGUCCAUGCUGAAGCCGAUGCCCCCUCCCAGUGGCAGUGUGGGAGGUGUUGGUGGCAUGGGAGGGGUAGCUGGAGUUGGGGGAGGAGUUUUUGCUCCACAGCUAUCCCCUCAGCAUCUCGCCAUGCUCAGCAGCAUCUACCCACCUCAGAUCCAGUUGCAGCUGGCUUGUCAGCUUUUACUGCAGCAGCAGCAGCAACAGCCACCACAGCAACAACAGAUACUGCAAAACCAGAGGAAGUUCACACCAAAUGUGCGGCAGCAGAAUGACCCUCAACAGCUGGCCAGGAUAAUGGCGGUCCUCCAGCAGCAGAGGCAGCACCAGCAGAUCGGAGGCUUAGGCAGCGGCCCUAAGCUCUCCCCCUCCCACCACAGCGGAAUGGGUCCAAAGCUUCCUGGAAGUGAAACGUUGCCUCACCCAGGCCUGGGCGGAUCAGUGGCCGAGCUGCAGCAGAAAGCGUUUGGACCGUACUCUGGUCAGUCUCUGUUUAAUGAAGCAGGAUUUGGUUCUGCUGUGAACCUUCCGGGUCUGGAACAUGGAGCCUCCAUGAUGGGGGGGCCUGGAGGCAUGAAGGACCUAGGGGCUCAGCAGUCCCGUUUUAAAUGGAUGAUGGAGGGAAACUGCUCCCCUGAUACUUCCUCACCCGACAACUUGUAUCACAAAAAUGGUCCUGUCACCCCGAUAAAGAUGCCAGGAAGCUCACCUUACUCCCAGUUUGACAUAGUGGGUGGUGAUGGACCGAGUGACAACUGGCAUCGCACCCCUGGCAACAAGAUGGGUGCCAAGACUACCAACACACCAAGCUGGCCUCCUGAGUUCCAGCCUGGGGUGCCAUGGAAAGGAAUCGAUCGUGUUGAUCCAGAGUCUGAUCCAUACAUGACGCCUGGGAGCAUGAUGGGAAAUGCAGUUUCCCCCGGUCUCAACGACAGCGAGCACCAGUUGUUACAAGACAAUACCGGUAUAGCUUUGAAUGAUUCCACCCCUCCCCUGAACACCUUGCUGCCUUCACCUGGUGCCUGGCCCUACAGUGCCUCAGACAUCCUUAACAAUGCACACAACUCAGCAAAGUACACAGAGUACAAGACCAGCUGGCCCCCAGAACCUCCAGGACACAAGUCUUGGAAAGCCAGCCGUGGCAGCAGCCAGGCCCAGUUAUCCCGUCCACCUCCCGGCCUCGCCAGUCAGAAGCAGGCCUCUCCCUCCCCUUGGUCAGGAGGCGCUCCUCGCUCGGCUGGAAGAGGAUGGGGAAGCGGCUCGAGCAACACUGGCUCAGCCUGGAGUGACGGAAGCUCUCGGGAAAGCUGCUGGUUGGUGCUCAGUAACCUCACACCCCAGAUCGACGGUUCCACUCUGAGGACCAUCUGCAUGCAGCACGGACCCCUGCUGACCUUUCACCUCGGCCUGACCCAAGGCACUGCUCUGAUUCGCUACUGCUCCAAACAGGAGGCAGCCAAGGCCCAGAGUGCACUCCACAUGUGUGUUCUGGGUAACACCACCAUCCUGGCAGAGUUUGUGAGCGAGGAGGAGGUUGGGCGUUAUAUUGCACAUUCCCAGGCUGGAAGCGAAGGAAACGCUGCUGCCUCUGCAGGCUUGGGGCCCACAGCAGCCUCUGCAGUCGGAACCGGCAGCAAUGGAGGAAGCUGCGAAAGGGGCGGGGCCGGAGGCCUCAGCGGGGGAGGAGUAGAAGGCGCCUCCCCGGCUGGAGUAGCAACGUCUUCCAGCUCAGGGUGGCAAAGUCUGGACAGUACAGGCAGCUCAUCGGACCCGUCCGCCGCACAGGGGCCCGCGCUCGGCAUCUUCACGCAGUGGAGCAGCAACGGAUCCGGGGUGGGAGGAGCUGGAGCCAUGGAGGCAGGGCGGCAGGGUCUGUGGGGCGGGAUCGGGGGAAUGAGCGGGGCAGGUUACCCCAGCGGCGGCAGCAGUCUCUGGGGUUCUCCAGCACUUGAGGAUCGUCACCAGAUGGGCAGCCUCGCCGCGCUGCUGCCAGGGGACCUGCUGGGCGGGGGCGCCGACUCAAUCUGACAAAACGACUGACUCACGUUUUCACUCUGCAUUUACUCAGAAGAUGGGAAGCUACACUGGUCAUCCAGAGACACUUACUACACACGGCCCACAUGCACACAGAGACUGCUCGACUUUAAAAAGAAGAGAACAGGAAAACUUGAAAGGGGGAAGAAGGUGAAACCAUUAACUUUGUAGGACUUUUUACUCCAAAUCUCACCAUCAGCAUCCAGAGACCCGAUCACUCAGGCAUGCACUGUAGACCGGCUCAGCCAGAGCCGUACAUGUCAGCCAGUUCAGCCAUUGCUGUUUUUAGUGUGCCACUUCCUUUCUUUUGUAUCACGAUUUAAUGGUCAGAUCUCAAAAGUCAGACUUGCAGACUGAGCCGUCGUAGACCUGGCUGGCAUAAUUCUUUGCUCCAGGCUUCAUUUGUUUUUUUUGUUUUUUUCGGGGAGGGCAGGGGAUUGGUAGCUUGAAAGCGAGAUGGAUUUGAAGAGGAUGUGAGCUUGUAGAGAAUCUGGGACAGCACCACACUACUGAAUCUAAAGGAUGAGCUGUAACAGAGAUGCAGAAAUGAGUUUGUCUGUAGGUACUGACACAUCGAUGUGGUUGGAAAUUCGCCAUUAGAGGGACCCAGGGUAAAAACACAAGCAUCAUUAGCCAAACUUGCACUAUAUUCCUCUGGGUUUGUUGUUCCUCUACAAAUCCCUCCUCGUUUUUUUUUUUUUGUUUUUUUUUUUUUUACUGUGCUAUAACACAAGAACUGAGGACCUUACUGGACGCUGAAACGUUGCAACAGCUGUGGCCUUGGCUGAGAACCCAGCGGCCGCCCUGCCAUUUCAACACCAUUGCACCCUCUCAUCAUUUACUCUCUGCUUAUAUAUUUGACAAGUACAGUUGUAUCUCUCUCUCUCUGUCAGUGUACGUUGGUUGUUUAUCAUAUUUUUAUGUUUUAAAAAGAAACAAAAUACGUGAAAUUUUGUGGAAGUACAGAGAUGUCCUUCUUGCCCUUCAAACACUGACCUCGCUAUUGUAUUUUUUAAUAUUUUGUUUUCUUUAUUCAAGAAAUGGAUUUGAUGUAAUCAUAACUUGGAUCACUUAUUUACAUGCUGUAAAGCUGCCCUCCUGCCUGCCUGUGUGUGCAUGAAAAGUGUCAACAUUCAUUGGCUGAAAGCAGGAGUAUGUGAAGAUGAUGUCGGGUGUGUCUGUGUUUUUUUUUUCUUUGUUUUUUUUUGCUCCCACUUUUAAAUGUUUGUGUUUGCGUGUAUGCUAACCUUUGAACACUUACUGGUUUCAUUCUGGGAAGUGAAUGGAUGCCAUUCUGACAUCUUCCGUUGGAGAGAAAAGCGGCGAUUGGAUGUGUGCUAAUUUUUGCGUGCUUGACCGUCUGACUUAAACAAAUCUGGCACUAUUGCAUACGUCUCUUAUGUCAGAUGUUUUUUCUUUUUAAGCAGCAUUUUGUUCCUGUUUGUAUUUUUUAUUUUUUUUUCUGUCAAAUGCAAUAAGAGUAAUGCUUUGUUUUUAAGACAAAGCAAGAAACUGAAGGCAUUUGUGUAAAGAUGCCAUGUCCUACCAUACCAAGCUGAGCUGGAACAGUGUUUAACAGACACGUUAAAGACAUUACCUGUUUUACUGUGUUUUUUUGUUUUUUUUUUGUUAUGUAUCCGUUUAAAUUAAGUCAGUCUUUAUCAUCACUCCUGUUCAGGAUGUUUUCAUUUAUUUCAUAUGUUACAAAAAGUUGAGGAAGUUAAUUUAAAGCAGAAAAGAACAAAAUAAAGGUUGAGUUGAAGUCUCCCCUGUU